AUGUAUCGCCCACGUGAAACCAACCCGCAUUUUCUCUCCUUACAACCAGUAAACCAACCUCAGCCACCUGAGUCUAUCAUCAACCAACCCUUGCUCCCCUCGCAGCCACCACAUCAACAGCACCAGCCACCCCUGUCACAACCCAACCCUGGCAUUGACUUGCCUGUACAGCCACUGCCCGGUCCCAGUUAUGAGGUGCCUCCUCAACCACAACCACGACUACAGCGUCAAGGUAAACGAAGGGAGCGACGUGGAGCUGGCCUUCUGUCUGAUCCUACACGGCCACAACCCGGUGCUGGCCAAAUGUCGGAUCCCAAUCGGCCACCAUUUGCUGCUGCCCCCCUGUUGGAUCCCACACUCUUACAACUCGGUCCUGACAAUCACUCCCCUCCACACUCACAAGCACGUCGCCAACGACAACCUCAUGAUCCUGAACUUCUUGUUGCUGCUUCACCAAAAACACCCAAAAUGCCAAUGCAUUCAGAUCAUCCAGCAGCUCACCAACAGCAUCAAUCCUCAGCUCAGAAUAUCAUCCCACCCCGCAAAACCAAGCCUUUUACAUGGUGUAUUGCCAUCUUCUGUGCAAUCUUCUGGGUUCUGUUCAUUUUAAUAGGCCUUAUAAUCCUCAUAGUGUAUCUUGUAAACCACCCGAAAAGUCCAAAGUUUGAUGUCGCGGGAGCAAGCCUGAAUGCAGCAUAUCUCGAUACAAAUAAUCUCUUCAAUGCUGACCUUACCAUCUUAACCAACUUCACGAACCCAAACAGAAAACUAAGUGUGAACUUCAAACACAUUGUUAUCAGUCUCUACUUCGAUGGAGUUCCUAUUGCCACAGAGUACAUUGAUCAUUUCCAUUUAGGAAAGGCACAAUAUUUGCUUGCAAAUGUUCAAAUGUUGACAAGCCAGGUUAGGCUCUCUCAGGUUCGUAGCCAAAAGCUUGCAGGGCAGAUUGGAAGCGGCAGAAUCAGCUUCGAUGUUAAGAGUUUCUUUAGAGCAAAGUCGAAAUCGGGAAAUGUUCUCAAGUAUUCAUAUUCGUUGCAUGGUCUAUGUAGUAUCGUUAUGACACCUCCACCUGGUGGAGUUUUGGUGGCGAAAACUUGUGAAACAAAAAGCUAA